UGGGUACCAGCAGGAUGCUGCCCAGCUAAAGGGAUGCUGGCCGCCCAGGGCUGGUCCGCCUGCACCAUUUGGUCUGCUCGUAUCCAUGCAAGUGCUUCCUCCAAUAUGAGCCGUCUGACGGGGUUUCCCGCGUGCCUCGCCAUCUGCCUUGUUCUGCUCAGCUCCGGCAGCCUGCCGUGCCUCGCUUUCCGAAACACGGAGGGGAGGUACGUCGGGCAACUGCAGCAGGCCUCGCCCUCCGGGAGCAGCGUAGAAGGCAUCGCAAACGCGAGCGCAUCAAACCCAGAAAGUAACUUCAGUUCGCCCGCGCAAGCCGCCUCCGAAAGCCUGGAUGGCGCCGCCGUGGAGCCACCUGGGAGGUCGUUAAACACCGCCACCACUGUUAAAGCAACGCUACAAUCCAUCCCGGGCGUUCACAGCCUCGCAGGAGACCAGAGUUUGGAUGUUUACACCAGUGCAGCCCCAGGGGUCAGUGAAAGCGAAAGGCGGGUUGGUUCCAGCGGGCCCAAUAAAGAGCUGGAUCGGAACGGUCCACGUGAGGCUGUGCUCGCCGCGGUCGUGACGGCCCCAGACCCUAGCGUCACGGGCGGUGUACUGAGCAGCACCGCAAGAGAGGCGCCGCAGGGAGACCGCGGUACAACUGGGCCUCUUUCUACAGAGAAUUGGGAAGGGGAUGUUUUUACGGCUGGUUACCUGGAUGGAGGAAAUGGGGUCGGCUAUUCAGGUACGCCCCAACUGCCCACGCAAGAAAGGGUGUCAAGUCUUCCUGGUAUGACCGCAAGUGACCACACCGCCAGUCCCUUCCCUCCAGCCGGUCAGUCAUUCGAUUCUGAGCAGGGGCCAAAUGGAGACGGCCCCUUGAUAUGGACAGGCACGGGGACGUCUGCCACCCUCCCAUUAUUUCCCGCUGAUGCCGCCUUCCAUUUGGAAGUGGAAAACUCCAAUGAUCGGGGGCUUUUGAGAGGUACCCCCAACACCGCCACAAGUGCGGCCACCACCUUGCCGCAAAGUGACGACUGGGAUGAUACAAAACUGGACCCCGCCGGUCAGGCGAGAGCCAUGUGGCCCGCGGUGGAGAAUGAGCACUGGACGGUCACGGAACUAUCUCUGCCUGUGGGAGGAGAGGAAGAGGAAGAUGAUGUGAAAAAGGGGCCACCGCCGAGGUUAUUGCCAACCGCGGCGAAAGGAAGCAAAGAUGAUCAGCCCUGGUCAGGCCGAGCGCCUGUGCCGGGCGAAGACCUGACCGCACUUUCCGCAAGCCCCAACCCCGGCCAUGCCACUAAUCCGCCAGCACAGGAUGAAGACCCUGCUGGAAGCUCAGUAGAAAACGCCGGCCUGGCUGUGACGAACCAUUCCCAAUGGUUUCCAGAGACUGCAACUACAACAGAUGUGACCAAAUCAGGUGUCUUCCAAACCCCGAGAUAUCCACAAAGAGGCAUUACUCAAAGACCUGCCACAGCCUUCGAUGAAAUUGGUGUUGUGCUCCCAGCUGUGACCCAGGCGGAGUUCACUCCCCAGCAGGCUACAGGACAACAGAGGGUGAUGGAAGAAGAAAGGAAGUUGGCAACCGAAAUACCAACAGGUUCCAGCGUGGCCCAGCUGCUGAGGAAGUCGGAAAACUCUGUGAUUACUGCGUCCCCCCUUGCUGGCUCUUUCUCUGUUGUAAAGACCCUGGAUGCAGAAGGGCCCGUCACUGCCCUGGGAAAGGAAGGAGGCCCUCCCAUGACCGACGCGCCCGCAACUCUGGCGGAACUAAGGAUGCGGGCAGAAGAGAUCCUUGCCACCACUAAAGCCACGGCGGCUCCACCUUCUUUGGCGUCUCCCACAAGGAGAACCGUGGUCCCAGCGGCCCGCCGGAUUACCACGGCUGCAACCUACGAACUGGACAGGCUAGAAUCUGAAGAGGAAGAGGAGGGGGAGGAAGAGGAGGAGGACGAGGACGAAGAGGAACUGGAUGAGGAUGAGGAUGAGGAUGAUGAAGAUGACGAUAAUGAGGAUGACAGAGACCCAGACUCAAUGGAUGAGAGCUUGGAUGGAGACGCCGACCUGUCUAGUUUUACAGUUCCCGGAGAGGCCUUGCAGGAGCCCUUAGAAGAGCUGGAGAAUCCCGCUGGGGACCUCUCGGGCGUAUCCUACCAGGUGCCAAGCGCAAUUGAAUGGGAGGAGCAGAACCAAGGGCUAGUGAGAAGCUGGAUGGAGAAGCUGAAAGAUAAGGCCGGUUACAUGUCUGGAAUGCUGGUGCCAGUAGGGGUGGGCAUCGCCGGGGCCCUUUUCAUCCUAGGUGCCCUUUACAGCAUCAAGAUUAUGAAUCGCCGGCGCAGGAAUGGCUUCAAUAGACACAAGCGAAAGCAGAGGGAAUUUAACAGCAUGCAAGACCGAGUGAUGCUUUUAGCGGACAGCUCCGAAGAUGAAUUUUGAAACAGCCUGCAGUGUGCCGCGUCGUGCUCUCCAGUGACAUCCCCGCGCCCCCC